AUGUAUGCUGUAUCAGAAGUCAUCAUCAUUUUGGAGUCCAUCCAAGACCUUGAUAAAGAUUAUGAAGUUAACAGCUUCCUCGAACCUGAUCUUGCAAGUUCUGUUGUACACGAACAGGUGGUACUUAAUUGUCCGAACAAUCAUAAAAGUGCUGUAAAUGGAAGUGUUUUAAGUGAAAGAAAAUCCCUUAGUGUAUGUAACACCACUCUCCAGGAACACACAGUUGUUGUCCAGCCUCCUUGUAUAACCUCAGUUGUGGGAUCUUCAGCUAAUGGGAUAGUGCACCCUCACAAAUCAGCUGUAAAAGUGCACUCUGCAUUACGAGGAAAAGCACACCAGGUAAAGAAAUACAAGUGCACAUUCAGGAAUUGUAUAUUUACCUCAGCCUAUCCAAAAGACUUCCAGCGACACCAGAGAACCCACUCAGGUGAAAAACCUUUCACUUGUGAAGAAUGUGGGAAAAGUUUCAGUCGGUCAGAUAAGGUGAAGGCUCACCAGAAAACUCAUACUGAAGAAAGACCUUUCAAAUGCACUGAAUGUAAUUAUGCAGCAAAGGACAGGGGUAGCUUAACAAAGCACCUUCGAACUCACUCCGAAGAAAAACCAUACAAGUGCCAGAGUUGUCCAUACAAGUGUCGUAGUUCCAGUCAGUUAUCAGUUCAUGUACGCACUCACACAGGGGAUAAGCCAUUCCAAUGUGUUCUCUGCGACACUAGGUUUAAAAUCAACUCCGACUUGAAGCGACACAUGAGAAUUCAUACUGGAGAGAAACCCUAUAAAUGUGAUAUGUGCCCCUACUCAUGUGCAAUAAAAGCAAACUUGAAAACACAUAUACGAGUGAAUCACUCGAUGGACAAUCCCUUGAAAUGUUCCAAAUGUGACUUUGCCACCCCAUCCCGUCGAGUGCUCCGGGAGCAUGAACGUGAACAUAAGGAUAAAACUCAACGUUGCAACCAUUGUAACUAUUUAACACCUUCUCUCUCGGCCCUCAAUGUCCAUCUGAGGAUUCACAGUAAGGAUAAAUCCUUUAAAUGUGACCACUGUCCAUACAGUUCAAACAAAGCUUGUAAUCUGCCCCUUCAUAUCAAGAAAAAUCACCUCAAAAUGAUUGGAAAAAGUCAAGCCAGAAGAUUAACUGUAGAGAAGAAUGUAUCAGUUCUUUCUCAAACUAAAUACAAGAAAAAUAGAAAAACUUCAGAUGGUAUGCUUUUCAAAUGUGGACAAUGUGAAAAAAACUUUAAGGGAAAAAAUAUCUAUCAAAAUCAUUUAAAGACUCACAGAAGCUGUGAAGGCUUACUUGACAGUACUUUUAUCCCAUCAAAUUGUUCAGGAGUGGGUGAUACUAUCUGUGAUGUGAUAUGCUCAUCUGAAAGCUCAGAUUUAAAUACUACUAGUUCCACCAGUAGAUUUUUUCAAUCUGGAAAUACCCAACUCACAGCAGCUGUGCACUUGGCUGAUCCAAACUUUCAUGUUAUACAAAACACUGCACUUGAUUCUCCAAACUGUAGUGUUCCCCAAGUCACUGUAACUAAUGUAACAACACAUCCGACAGUCGGUUCUCUUAAAAUAUCUGAAAAUACAAUGUCAGAAAUGUCAUUCAAAGUUCGGGACAGUGUGCAAUCUAAUAACAGUACACCUGUUUUUGUGAUUCCCAUUUCUGGUGAAAAUGGAACUUUGGUACUUCCAACUAAUGAUGGCUUGCUUGACCAGUCUUCAACAGGCACCACCUGUAAUAGCAAGAACAAACCGCAGGUUUCCUUGAACCACGGAAGAAGUACAGCCUCAAAUUUUCAGAUGCAAGAAUCCUCCACUACAGCAGGAAGUAAUUCAAGUGAAGAGAAUUUUCACUUAGAUAAACCAGGAAUCACUUCUCUGCAACAAAGUCAGAGUAACUCUACAAAUAAUGUAAGGAAUGAGAAGCUAGCCAAUUUAUUUUCCGAGAAUUAUAGUCAACAUGAAUUUUGUCAUGGUACAAAGGUUCUCACUUCAUAUUCUACUUUUUCUAGUAGUCAUAGCAAUCCUACAACCACAUGGUCAGCAAGCUCUCAGCCUUCUCAAGUAUUCCAUGUGAACAAUUCUACUCCUGAUAUCACCAGCUCUGGAAUUAUGAUGCAGCAUGGCGGUUUGGAGUCUGGAACAACUAUUUUGUAUCAUGUUCAAACAGAUGGAGGAGGAUCAGUCAUCAUUCCAGUUCUUCCCUUCAACCAAGAAGGAGUUUCUGGAGUAAGAACAGAGCCUGGAUUUGCGAUUCCACAGUUUACAGAGCCUCCUGGACUGAAUCAGCAAUCUCUACUUCCUAACGUUCAAUAUUUGGUUUCACAUCCAGUCAUCCAACCCGAACAAGUAGUGCAGGUAGACGUUGCAGGAAUCCACUUUCCCACUAGUAGUGCUUCCGUUUCCUCUAGUCCCUUACAGAUACCAAACAGUGUUCCUAUAGGUCUUCCUUCUGUUGAAGUAUCCCAACCAUUGGGGAUUAUUGGUAACAGCCCAGAGCAGAUUGGUGUCGAUUCUGACGAAGGAUCAGUUACCAGAGCCGUAGGGAAUACGAGACUUGAACUAUUUGCUAGCACCCAAGCAUUAAACAGCACAACUGAGGUAGCAAGUUCACCAAGCUUUUCUCACCCAGUGUUUUUAACUUCAUCAUCAGGUAUUUCUCAAGCUAUUGUGACAAAUCCAGACAUUCCUGGGAUAAUGCUCCAGUCUGCAUCAGAUCUUCAGAACUUCACCAGUGUAACUACACCACCACUGGAAACACUAAAUAUCAAUGCAUGUAACAAUACCCUGCAUUAUGUUGGAUUAGCUACUCCUGUUUCUUUAGGGACCACGUGUGUAUUGGCUGAUUCCUCUGUAUUGAAAUCGAACAUUUUAUCUACCCUGGAUUCAGUAACUGGAACUCAAAAUUCUUUGAGAAGAAGUAUUGGUGGAGGUUCUUUGGUCCCAACCUCAAGUUUUGGACAUGAGAUAACUAGUUCAUGAUGCACUGCUUGUGGUUUUCUAAAUUUCUAAAGACAUGGAUGUAAUUUUGUAGUUUUGUAAUUGCUGUAUUAAGAACUUGAAUGUUUAUACAAAUAUUUU